CUUGAGAGGGUGCGGGAGCGGGUUCCGGGCGGUAGGCGGGGCCUCACUGAGGACCCCGGGCUGGGCGCCGCCGCCGGCUCGUUUACCCUUUCCCUCAGCUGCCUCCUUUCAACCUUGUUCCCCUCGUCGGCGCGGCCUCUGGUGCAGCGGCGGCGGCGGCUCCCGUUCCUACCGCAGUUCUCUUCCCUCCUUCCCUCCCCGCCAGAUCCCCGAGUUCGCCCGCCAUGGCUUUACUCACUGCGGCCGCCCGGCUCUUCGGAGCUAAGAAUGCAUCCUGUCUUGUUCUUGCUGCCCGGCAUGCCAGUGCUUCUUCCACGAAUUUGAAAGACAUAUUGGCUGAUCUGAUACCUAAGGAGCAGGCCAGAAUUAAGACCUUCAGGCAGCAACAUGGCAAGACGGUGGUGGGCCAAAUGACUGUGGACAUGAUGUAUGGUGGCAUGAGAGGCAUGAAGGGAUUGGUAUAUGAAACAUCAGUUCUUGAUCCUGAUGAGGGCAUCCGUUUUCGAGGCUACAGUAUCCCUGAAUGCCAGAAACUGCUGCCCAAGGCUAAGGGUGGGGAAGAACCCCUGCCAGAGGGCUUAUUUUGGCUGCUGGUAACUGGACAAAUCCCAACAGAGGAACAGGUAUCUUGGCUCUCAGAAGAGUGGGCAAAGAGGGCAGCUCUGCCUUCCCAUGUGGUCACCAUGCUGGACAACUUUCCCACUAAUCUACACCCCAUGUCUCAGCUCAGUGCAGCCAUUACAGCUCUCAACAGUGAAAGCAACUUUGCCCGAGCAUAUGCAGAGGGUGUCAACCGAACCAAGUACUGGGAGUUGAUUUAUGAAGACUGUAUGGAUCUGAUUGCAAAGCUACCUUGUGUUGCAGCAAAGAUCUACCGGAAUCUCCAUCGAGAGGGCAGCAGUAUUGGGGCCAUUGAUUCUAAGCUGGACUGGUCCCACAAUUUCACCAACAUGUUAGGCUAUACUGACGCUCAGUUCACGGAGCUCAUGCGCUUGUACCUCACCAUCCACAGUGACCAUGAGGGUGGCAAUGUAAGUGCCCAUACCAGCCACUUGGUGGGCAGUGCCCUUUCAGACCCCUACUUGUCCUUCGCAGCAGCCAUGAAUGGGCUGGCAGGGCCCCUGCAUGGGCUGGCAAAUCAGGAAGUGCUUGUUUGGCUGACACAACUACAGAAGGAAGUUGGCAAAGAUGUGUCAGAUGAGAAGUUACGAGACUAUAUCUGGAACACACUCAACUCAGGACGGGUUAUCCCAGGCUAUGGCCAUGCAGUACUAAGGAAGACUGAUCCACGAUAUACCUGUCAACGAGAGUUUGCUCUGAAACACCUGCCUCAGGACCCCAUGUUUAAGCUGGUUGCUCAGCUGUACAAGAUUGUGCCCAAUGUCCUCCUAGAACAGGGCAAGGCCAAGAAUCCUUGGCCCAAUGUAGAUGCUCAUAGUGGAGUGCUGCUCCAGUACUAUGGCAUGACGGAGAUGAAUUACUACACAGUCCUGUUUGGGGUAUCACGGGCACUGGGUGUAUUAGCACAGCUCAUCUGGAGCCGAGCCCUAGGCUUCCCUCUAGAGAGGCCCAAGUCCAUGAGCACAGACGGUCUGAUGAAGUUUGUGGAGUCUAAGUCUGGGUGAAACUGAAGACUGGGAGAAACUAGCUACCGGAAAGUGAGGGAUCUUAAAGAAAAAAAAAAGUAUACUUUUGUUUCAGGGGGCUUUUAAAGACUUAAGAUUAAAUUGUAUCUGAGGCACUGAUGAUAAGUUUGAGGUUAAGAUAUUAAUUAAGAUUUUAAAAGAUGAAAAGUAACCCCUUCUUCCCUAACCAGCUCCUUUCCCCGGCCUGGUAUGAGCUGCCCAUCAACUGUAGGGUGACCAGGACUAAUGCAUGUGGUACGGGUUAGGUUUACCCGUGCCCCCACCCAGUCUCCAGAGUGAGAAUCUGGCUCCUCUUUCCCUAGGUCAAAGCUGGUUGCAGAGAAUCUGCAGUCACUUCAGCAGAGCUUUUGGUUCUACUCUGCCCACCCCUUAAUAGGCCAGCAAACCAGGACCCUGCCCCUUCUGUUUCCAUAGGAAUCAUGUUGGAUUGUCACCUAUACCAAGCCCCAUUAACCUCUCCGAUGCACACAGACACUUCCUAGCAAGACCGAUUGGUUAUGCUUUGGCUUUGUUUGUUUGUUUGUUUUUAAUGAUACCAGGUGAUCAUAAAGGCCAUGGUAUUUGUUGUGACUGGCACCCAGUGUUUGAUUUUUAUUUCUCUUUUUUAAAUUACCCCAUUAAAAUUAAGACCUGGGAGUGUUCUAUUCCCUAUUACUUGAAUACUCACCUCUUUCCAGAUUGUCUAUACCUGCUGCACCUCAAGCCAAGGUUGCUCUGGACCUUCCCCUCUUGGUCCCUAUUAGAGACCUCUUUCAGCAGGUUGUAUACAGCACUGUAUGAUAUUGUGGUCUUUCCCAUUAUUUGGCUUUAUCAGUGCUUAAUAUGAACUAAGCAUUUUACUUCCCUGGAACACAAGCCACUACCCUCUGACCUUUUUUCUUUCCCCUUUAAUAUGCUGUGGGCUAUAGAACAGGGACUUGGGAAUGACCAGCAUGAUAUCUUCAUGGCCUGAUCCCAGGGGUACUAGCACCUCUUUCUGAACAGGGAAAUGAGAUUGGACAUGGUCUCCUUUGAAUAUGAGGUACUGGGGCUGAGGGCAUUAAAAAUAGUAAACCUCCCUCCUCAUCCCCUGCCACAAGCAAAUAUCCCUUUAUUUAUCAGGGUUCUUAUCCUGCCCCUUCCCCAAGAGCUCACAGUACAGUGUUUGUUUUAGAAGCCCCAUAUGCACAGGUUUCCAGUGACUCAGAAUGCUCUACUGCCUUUUCUUUUCAAGAAAGGAUUAAAAAUACACUCCUGCUGUGCCCCCUUCCUCCCUCGCAACUCCUGCCUGUGUUUGUGUGGAUCCCAAAUCCCCAGAACCACGCUGUUGAGAUGGAUAAUACUGUCUGUAAACCCCUGGGUAACUGUCAAGUCAUGAUGCAGACUUCAGGUUGUUCUGUAUAAAAUGCAAAAUAAAUGUUUUUAUUAACAGUG